AUGAGCGAAACCGCCGAUGGCAACGUCAUCGAUGCGGUUAAAACGGCUACAGACAAUGCCAAGGAGAAUAUUAAAGAGUUCGAAUGUCCAAUCUGUUUGGAACUCAUUCUUGGAGCAGCUAUUCUACCUUGUGGCCAUUUAUCGUGCAUAUACUGUUGUCACUGCUCUAUGAACUUGGAGAACUCGCAUUGUUUCUUGUGCAAAAAGCAGUAUCACGCUUUGCCAGGUCUCUCUACGCAAUUAUCGCUGUUAAUUUUGUCGACCUUUCGAGAGCAAUUCGACGAGCGGUUAGAAAGAGAAAGGGAAAGUUCGGAGGAGUAUGAAAAGUUCCUCUUGCCUUUCGUAAAGUUUUUGAAGGAAGAGCUGAAAACGAACGCCUCUGCACUCACGGAAAGCGUCACGUGUACAAAAUGUAAACGAAUACUCGUGAACCCGAUAGCGGCCACGUGUGGCCACCUGUACUGUCUCAACUGUGUUCGUCGCGGGAAUAUGAAAAAAUGCGUCUUUGAAAACUGUUACGGCGGAGAUAUCGACAAAGAAGCGGGUGUCGUCAAAGCGAUGCAGCAUUUACUAGAGAAGAUGUAUCCACUCGAGAUUAAAGAGCGCAUGGAAAAAGAGGAGAAUGAAGAAAUAGAAGAAGUCGUGAUGAUGGAAAAUGUACCCUCCGGAGAAGAAGGAGGCCAAAGAGGAGAAGAGGAUGAUGAAAAAGAAGAAGAAGUACAUUUCGGCGUGGGUUGUGACUUGUGCGGGAGCUAUCCAAUCAAAGGCGAGAGAUAUCAGUGCCAUGAUUGCAAAGAAGACGAGAACGGAUGUCCACUUGGUUUUGAUUUGUGCGGUAAGUGUAAAGAAUUCGACGAGAAAGUCGGAUUGAAUGAGACGAGUGCGAACGCUUACGCCGCAGCUGGGCGUUUUCGUUUCCUGCAAAAUCACACGCGAGAACACAGAUUGGUAAAAGUUCCGUUUCGCGAAUCGUUUUUGCAUAGAUUAAAAGCCGCAAAUCCACAAAUGAGCAUCGAGCAGAUUCUUCGCAUAAUUACCAUCGCGGGAGAAGAACGGGAACAAGGAGAAGAAGUACAAGAAGAAGAAGAAGAAGAAGAAGAAGAAGAAGAAGAAGAAGAAGAAGAAGAAGAAGAAGAAGAAGAGCGAGAACAUGAACAAGAAGAAGGUACGUCCGAAGAAAGCGAAGAAGUGAUGGGACAUUUUCCUUCUUCUUCUUCAUCUGACGUCGUCAACGAUGAGCAGCAGCAGCAGCAGGAGGAGCAACAAAGAUAA